AUGAAUCACGUGACCGCGGCAGCCAAUGGCGGAACCCCCUGCGAAAGUUUGCCUGUUCCUGCUGGUGAUGGAUCACCGUUUCAGUGGCAUUUAAAUCCCGGGCGCUCCUCCAUCAAGGUGACGCGCAGUCGCCCCCCCGGCAGCGGCAGUGGCUGCGGCAGCGGCAACGGCAGGAGCCCCGCUCUGGGGCCGGGCCCAGGAGGAACCGGAGCCCGAGAGGGAGCCGCCACCAUUGCCGCUGCGCCGCCGCUGGGGGCUCCCGCUCCGCCCCAUCAGGAGUUGCAUGGGAUAUGGGGGAGUAGGGUAGCUCUCCCGGGCACAGCGAGGAGGAAGAGGAGGAAAAAAAGGAGGAGGACGACGUGGGGCUCUGGUCAGGAUUGCGGGGUUGGGUAUCAGUCUGCACUGGGCUGGCCGGCCAAUUUCAGGCAGAGAAAAGGACAAGUAGAAGGAGUCAGAGAGAGACUGAGACAGGAAAGACUUGGGACAAGCAGCGAGUCAGAGAGGGCCAGUGAGAAGGAAUCUCUCCAUUCUGCAAGGCUGCUCCCUAGGUCUGUUUGCCUGGGACCUCUCAGCAGCUGGGAGACUAAUCAAACUCCUUUGGCUGGGUUUGAUGGGACUUUUGUUGCUGUCAUCAUUGGAAUGUGGAUGUUUGAAACAAAGGUGUAGAAAUAAACGAAUUGUUUGUGAUUUA